UAAGAGGGAUACACUUGCAGAAAGAGAGCGAGAGAGCGGAGGCGGGGUGUACGGAGGUUUCCCUUGUCCACUUCCUGUUCUGUUGUUGUUUCAUGGUCAACUUCCUGUCACAUGAUUUUGAGCAACCACAGAUUCUCACUGGCGUAAACACAGUUUGUCUUUUCGCCCACACAAACACAUGCACAGAAGAACACACACAUGUAUGCAUGCACAAAAUCUCAAUAAAGCAAUUGAGUUAAUCAUUUAACACACCACAUAACAUUAUCAAAAACAUACAAAUAGAAAAAAAUACUCAAACUUGUUCUUAUGACCGACACACACACGCACACACACACUUGACAGGAAGCUUUGCCUCUCACUCAUAUCGAAUACACGCACACCCACGCCUUACCUGCCAGUUUGACAACUCUUACGUUCUUUACGCUCAAGUCACUAACCACAACAGAUGCGAAUCUCAAGAUAACACUCUGAGCCGCAAGCACAAUAAGCCCAAAAGGUCUCAUAACCUGCCAACAUCACUGAAGACAACACGCUUUCAUCCUGCUGCUUUUGUUAAUUGUAAAAACAAGUAUUCUAAAGUAAGGUUAGGUUGGAAUCAGCCCUUUUUGAUCUACCCUAUGUCUGUUCACCAUGAGUGAGACCCCCACUGGACCAAAAGAAGACGGUGAUCUAUGGGAGACUUUUUCAGAUGCGAUGAGCGUCCUUUAACUCGACGGUGCAGCCAUUUGCAACAAGCCACAUGGCUGACCUUACAUCUCCCGAGCCCGAGUCACUCUCCUUCACUCCCAUGUUCCGACACCAGACAGAAGGUCAAAGGUCAAACCACAACAUUUACCAGCAAGGUUCUAUAAGUGGGCUCGGCCCGUUUGAGGUCCCGUGUGAAGCCACAGAUGGCACCGGGAAUGCUCUGAAUGGAAUAGAUCAAACGGGGAAUGCUUCUUACUGGGGGAAUACAUCCCCUGUGUCCUCUAUGGGACUGAACCGGAACAAGGCACAAGCUGGAGUUUAUGAGGCCGACUGGAGUUCUCACUGCCACCAACAAGAGGCAUCAGAGAGUUAUGAAACGACUGGGCGUCAGCAACAAAAACUGGAUUCAUUCUCCGAGGCAUUUUGCAGUCGCAGCGCCACCCAAAUGCCUGGCGGAGGAGAGCAGAGCGGCUUUAACAGCUCUACUCCUCCGUCACAUGCCCUCUCUUUCCCUUUGGUUCUUAGCCCACCACCAACGCCCCUGUCUGCUCCAUCCUUUUCUCCUCCUAAACGACCUCAACACUUCUUGCCCGGCCAGAUCUUGAGCCAAUCACAGAUACAAACUCAGACGGAUGGGUCGCUGCAGUUCUUUCCCUCUUUACCUUCGCCCUCCACCGGCAGGUUCAAUCACCCCAUUUGGCUCCAGCUGCAAGCUGACGACAGCGACGGCAUGGACUUAACGCAGCACUUUCCACAAGAUUCAAACUCCUCUCUGGUUUACUCAGAGCAUGGAGGGCCUCAUCUGAAACAUAUUAACUCCCUGCAGAAAGACUGUUCACUGCAAAUGUCCCUCAACCCUGUACUGGUUCAACAUCACCAUCAGCAGGUCUGCAUGCAACAAGAGCUGGAUCAUGAGCCCGGGACAUCUGAAGAUCACAUGGCUUGGUCUCAGAUGGGGCAAUCAUCUCAUUCAUUUGGACCUUCUCUACACCAGUCUAGUGUCCAUGUGCAGGGGUCAGGGCAAGGAGAAGGAACACGAUUCGGUUACGGACUGAACUUCGGUGCUGGGUCCUCAGACAAAUCUCAGGCGUCCUUCAGCACACAGAAUGUUCCCAGUUCUGUAUAUACUGGAGUCCCUUUCAACAGUGUGAUCCAGAUGAGUAGAGAACUAAUGCAGAACUGGGAAGAAACUACACCUCACUAUAUGCCACCUCCAAUGCUGAACCCAACACGUAGUGGAACGGGACUCUUUUGCAACCUACUGUCUUCCCUAGCUGUGGAAAACAGAGCAUUGUGGACAGGCGAGAGGAAAGAUGAUGACUCACAAAGGUGCAUGAAUAUAGGCCCAGAGUUCCAAGCUGAGCUGCCAGAUCUGAUAAUAGGAAGAGAGCAUGAGGUGUGUCCAGAGAUACCAGUCAGGGAGGAGUUGCUAUGGAAACCUUGGGCAGAGUUAGAGGAAAAUGACACCCUUUUACAGCACGUGGAGAAUCUUCUUGACCUGAGUGCCUCCAGUGUUCUACCAGGAGGUGGCGCCAAUCUGGAGCUUGCUCUUCAUAGCCUGUCUCAAUGCCAGGGAAACAUUUUAGCAGCGCUGGAGAUGCUGUUGUUUAAAAACUCCCCUCCAUCAGAAAACUAUCACUAUUCUGGCAUGGAUAUGUGGAGUUUGAGUGAACAAAGACUGUUCCAUAAAGCAUUUGCAAUUUAUGGAAAAGAUUUCUCCUUUAUACACAAAAUGGUGAGAACAAAGCAGGUGUCACAGUGUAUUGAAUUCUACUACAACUCCAAGAGGCUUUUGGAGAAGCAAAACAAGCAGAGGGAAAGAGAAAAGGAAAGUUUGGAAGAGCAGAGAAUUGCAGCAGCCAUCAGUCAGGUUCCUCCAGCCCCAAAGGUGUUGAUUAACCAAGCCAGUAUUGACCGACUGAUUCAUACCCCACCACUUCCCACAAACUUUCCCUGUAAACAGUGUGGAAAGAUGUUCUAUAAAAUCAAAAGUAGAAACGCUCACAUGAAGAUCCAUCGGCAACAGCAAGAGGACUGGAGGGAAAAACUACAGCGACACCCAAACCAGCACCACAACCUUAACCUGACCAGAGCACUGGCUCAUCCAAACCAGCAACUCCUAACCCAGACCCACCAUCAGAAUCACAUCCUGACCCAAAGUCUGAUUCAGAACUUGGUCCAAUCACAGACCCAGUUGGCUUUUCUUCAAAGCACAAAGACUCCGAGUACACCAACAACCAGCACAACAACCACCACACCAACCAACAAUAAACAAAAGAUGACCAAAAAACCACCCCCAAAAAAACUCCACACUGGACCUCAGCAGACCUGGGGCUCCCUGCACAGUGUAGACACAGGAGGCCUGUUCUAUAACAGAGGCUCCAUGGUAAACGGGCUCCAUUUGAGCAUACAGGACAGUGUCAGUAAACCAUGGGCUGAUACCCAAUAA